AUGCUUUUCGGGAUCCUUUGUUUCAAGCCCGGGGCUUGUCAUCUGCAACGUCGGGAACUUCCGCCGGAUCCCGAAGGUAAGUUUGCUUUCGAAAAGCUCUCAAUUUCCGAUGCACACGACGCCAAGUACGGUUACGAUAUGGACUCCAUAAUGCACUACGAUUCUUAUGGGUUCGGCAAGAUCAACCCCGUCACCGGGAGACAACUGCAAACAAUUUUCGUGAAAGCGGAUCCCAGUCGGAUCAUCUCCAGAGCCGAAGUGUUGUCUCCAGGGAAUGUCGAGGAAAUUCACCAGGUCUAUGAUGAACUCUGCACUAAUAAGCUCAAGUAUAAGAAGCCUGCGGCGAAGAUUUUUCGAUGGGUCAUGCGCUUCAUUCGAAGGGUAUUCAAUGCUUUGCGGAAUUCUGGGUAA